AUGUCGUCGCCAUCGUUUGAUUCAUACCAACCACCACCAUUACCACAACCUGACUAUUCACUCGGCCAAGCCACUGGUGAACGUUUCAAUCAACGUCAGAAUUUAUCAUCGAAGAAAGAAGGUGAUAGCGUUGACAACGGUAAUGACACUAACGAUGAAGCAACAGAUCUAGUGAACGCAACUGAAGAAGAAUCACAAACAAGGCUGCCAACACGUCGAAAUUUCCUUGCGCAGUCAGCCUUGCAACCGUCCAAUUAUGGUGCUGCUAUGACAGCGUUUUAUGCUGAAAGGUUAUUUGAAAACAAAUCAGAUCAAACUGUGGAUAACGAUGAAGACUACGAAGAAAUAUCGAAUUCAUCAGCUUCAAGAAAGUUCACGGGUAAUGGCAGUGUCACUAGAGAAAGGAUAAGAAGAAACAUUCUACAGAAGCUCGACCCAGAAAAGUUAUACACUCGUCAUGAACGUAUAGGUCGAGGUGCGUUUGGUGAAGUAUAUAAAGGAGUCGAUACUGAAACAGGACAGAUUGUCGCUAUAAAAAUAAUUGAUCUCGAGCAAGCUGAAGAUGAAAUUGAGGACAUACAGCAAGAGAUUAUGGUACUCAGCCAGUGUGAUUCUCCAUACGUUACCAAAUAUUUUGGAUCUUAUCUGAAGGGCUCUAAGCUAUGGGUUAUAAUGGAAUAUCUUGGUGGUGGAUCAGCAUUGGAUCUGAGGAAAAGUGGUAAAUUAGAAGAGGCGCAUAUUGCGGUUAUAGUGCGAGAAAUCCUGAAAGGACUCGAGUAUUUGCAUUCAGAACGAAAAAUACAUCGUGAUAUUAAAGCAGCGAAUGUAUUACUGAGUAACGACGCGGAUGUAAAAAUAGCUGAUUUUGGUGUAGCAACUCAGUUGACUACAAUGAACAGACGUGCGGAAACAUUCGUUGGUACACCAUAUUGGAUGGCACCUGAGCUUAUCGAUCAAGAUCGAUAUGAUGCGAAGAAGAAAGCAGCAAACGUGUUGUUAUCGGAACAUGGCGAUGUUAAAGUUGCUGACUUUGGUGUGGCUGGUCAAUUGACCGAAACCGUUAAGAAACGAAUCACUUUCGUUGGAACACCUUUCUGGAUGGCACCUGAAGUGAUUAAACAAGCUUCAUACGACUUCAAGGCUGACAUAUGGAGUUUGGGUAUAACAGCAAUCGAAUUAGCAAACGGAGAACCACCUCAUUCAGAUUUGCAUCCGAUGCGUGUUCUCUUCCUGAUCCCCAAGAAUCCAUCACCUCAACUCACCGGAUCACAAUGGACAAAAACAUUCAAAGAGUUUGUCGAGCUUUGUCUCAACAAGGAUCCCGAAAAUAGGCCAACUGCAAAAGAACUGCUUAAGCAUCCCUUUGUGCGACGUGCAAAGAAGAACAGCAUAUUGAUUGAGCUAAUUGAAAGAAGUGCCGAAUAUAAAGCACGAUUGGGACCGAGCUCGGAUUCUGAUCAGGACGAUGAUAUUGAUUCCAUCCACGGCCCCAACGAUUGGGAGUUCUCAACAGUUCGUGCUCCGCAAAAAGCGGCGGUGAAAGAAAGCGAUGAUCAAGAUACGGUACGAGUGCGCUUGAAUAACGGCACUCGUGCGCCAGUUGUGCCGUCCAACGCGAGAAUGCGUGAUUCAAGUCCGGAUGGACGUGAAUCGAGUCCUGACGGUACAAUCGUUGGUCGAAAUAACGGUGAUCCGCGGAUCGUACAAAUCGCUAACGAACUACGUCAGUCAUCAAUUCGUCAAUCGUCUGCGAAUGCUGCCCCGUACAGAAAUGCCUCCUCGUCAUCGUCCCAAUCCACGAAGUAUCUUCAAAACCAACCUCAAAAUGCAUCUAUUCGAAUCCAUUCGUCAUCGUCCUCACAAAAUGACUCAACUAAUAAUUCGCAAUUUGUCAAUGCCACUACAGUUGCUGUCGUUUCACCGGACACUUCUCCUGUUUGUUUGUUUCCGUGUUUCACACCGUCACUGAAGCGACAGCAACAGCCGUAUGUGUCUAAAUCUCAGCAGUCACUACCAUCUUCGAACACAAGAUCCGCCAACUACAAUCCAAAGUAUCAUCCAACAACACAACAAAAUCUUUAUCAAAGCAUAACCAUGAAUGAUUCCUUACCAUCCAACGUCGAACCCAACGAUAUUCCCUCUUCACAUUCUCAUCCAGCCACAUCAUCAACGUCCACACAGCAAUCAUCAACAUCUUAUCACAAUCAGUAUUCAAACAGUGCCAAUUUCUCAGCAUCCGAACCUCAACAACAGCCCGCUUACGACCACAAACCGCCAUCUCAACAACAACAACAACGGAAGAAGGGUGCACUGGAGUACACGCUUCUGCCCGCUUUGGAGAAAUUGGCUCGAACUCGACACUCCGGAGCGGAUUUAGAUGCGGUUGGCAUUGCGCUGAAACAUGCCGAACGAAACUGUCCGGGUGUAUGCGACCAGUUGCUCGUUGAGCUUCUAACAACCAUCGCGUUCCCGCAAGCUACUGAGUCUGAAAUUCAGGCUGCGGUUGAACGACUCACAACGUUAGUGCCAUUACCGUUGUCUUUUUUGUUUGUUGGCAAACAUAACACUUAUGUUACUGCCGUGCCGACUGUUGAAUGA